AUGCUAAACAACGCAUCACGCGCCCAACACGAGAAUUUGAUAAGCGAGAAUUUUUUUGCCAUAUUCGAACCAGAUUACCACACGUUCUGCGAAACAGCAGCAGAAACGAGAACGAACUGGAAAAUUCAAUAUGAGACUAUAAUGGGUUCCAUUGGAAUUCCAUUCAGCGAAUGGGACUUAAUGAAAGGUUAUACGAUAACCAUUGAAGACAUCGUUGAGUUCUGCAUAGCAACUGAUCGAAGGGAUAAUGUGCAACAUGCAGCUAAGACUGGGUCAAAUUUAAGAAGAGCAGGCGAAGAACUUCCAAGAGCUUCUCCAUCCCCAUAUGUAAGUGAUCCAAGCUUCACACUAAUAUAUGAUAACAUAUAUUACGUAAAUACAACGGUCAGGGACCUUCCUUUUUUUGCUCCUGGGUUUCCAGACCACAAAAUGCAUUCUAAAUCAACUACUGCAUUUUUAAAAAUUCCCAUCAAAUCAAUAAAAGACCACAACUUGCCUAAAAAACUUCCAUUCAAACAUUAUGUUAUAUCGUUUUUAAAAUAUUACCAAAGGUUUUGA